AUGGGUUACUAUUGGCCUACGAUAGUUAAAGAUUGCUCGGACUACUUAAGAAAGUGUCAACCUUGCCACUUAUACAUCUCGGCCGCCACAGAUUACUUCUCCAAAUGGGCUGAAGUCGUCCCGCUUAAAGAAGUCAAAAAAGAAACUGCUGUUGACUUCAUCAAAUCCCAUAUUAUUUAUCGAUAUGGUGUACCUCGCUACAUCAUCACCGAUAAUGGAAAGUCUUUCUACAACAGUCCCAUGGACAAACUUUGUGAAAGAUUUGGAUUUAAGCAACAUAAUUCCUCAAUAUACAAUGCACCUGCCAACGGACUGGCAGAGGCGUUUCACAAAACUUUAGGCAACCUAUUGAAAAAGGUAGUUGCUAAAUCAAAGCGAGAGUUACAUGAAAGAAUUGAAGAAGCACUCUGGGCAUACCGUACGACACAUCGUACACCAACACAAGCCACCACAUACUCCCUUGUGUAUGGUGUUGAAGCGGUUCUUCCUUUGGAACAACAGAUUCCUUAA